AUGGGUUGUUCGUCUUCGUGCAACAUAUUUGAGACAUUUAGCACGGCGCUCGAAUGGAUUGCCACAGCCAAAUUACAAGCUUCCGCUGUCAUACAUAUCUUAGACGAUUUUCUGUUUUUAGCACCUUCGCGAGACAAGUGUCAUAGGGAUUUAGAUAACUUUAUCAAAUUGUGCAACGAGGUCGGAGUGCCUAUCGCAGAUGAGAAAACCGUCGGUCCCGCGACCUGUUUACAAUUUGCUGGGAUCACUCUUGACACAAUUAACAUGCACGCCCGUUUGCCGGAGGAUAAGCUCGCACGUUGCCGGGGAUUGUUAACGGAAUUCUAUAACAAACGCAGUGUAACCCUAGAGGAACUGCAGUCGCUUAUAGGGUUAUUGAAUUUUGCGUGCUCGGCUGUCCUUCCCGGUCGAGCAUUUCUCCGCAAAAUGAUUGAUCUGACUAAAGGUGUGCCUAAGCCCUAUCAUCACAUUCGUCUCACGAGACAGUGUAAGGACGACAUUUUGUUAUGGCUCAACUUUCUAAAUUCGUUUAACAGGAAAUCGUUUUUCUUAUCUGCGAAGUGGCUCACAUCUAGUAACAUUAAACUUUAUACAGACUCGGCGGGCUCUCUAGGCUACGCCGCAGUCCUAGGCAAACGUUGGUUUUACGGACAUUGGCCGGAUAGUUGUAAAUUUCUGAAUAUAACCAUACUAGAGCUUUUUCCUAUUGUUUUGGCAACCGAGAUUUGCGCAAUCAUUGUAUUGUUUUCUUUUCGGACAAUCACGUUUUGGUCGAUAUCGUCAAUAAACAGACCUCCCGUGAACCAAAAAUCAUGGUCUUUGUUCGCAGACUCGUGUUAA